AAUCCUGCAUGAACUCUUAUACAAAUAAAUAAACAAUAAAGAAAUAUAAUUAUCAAACCUGCUUUGAACAACAAAAGAAUUCUGAUCAGCAGCUGUAUUUUAUAAUGUGGCAGCAUUGAAAGAACACAAAAAGUUCAAAUGUUAGAAAUUAGACAACGUUUCAAUCGUCGGAAAACAAACCUCAAGAUAAUGCAUACGUUUCUAUGCAUGAAUACACCUCACAAAACUUCAACUAAUAUAGGACUACUAGUAAAUUGGUCCCGGAGUUUUUUUUUUUUUUUUUGUCGUAAGUCAAACAAAAGAAACUUCAAGAUUUUUUACCAGGAACAACUCCAUUGGCUGCUUUUAGGUGAACCGGUUACAUGAUUUUUCGCCAAGACAAACGCAAGCUGUAUGUCUUGGACUCCCCUGUUCCCUCCUUUGCGGAAAAUCCCAAGCCCCUCUUCGAAAGUCUGUACGAACGGCGUACGCUGACGUCAUAACCAAUUUCUACAGCAAUGGAGGCUCCGCUAUAAAUGGUAAGACAUUUGCUGCAAAAGGAUAAAUAGUGCAUGGAAAGGGAAAACAAGUAUAUGCUCAUAUCUGAUAGCAAAGAGGGCGAUUUAACUUUAAAUUUUUUGAAGGUAUUUUUGUCAUCUUAAAGGAAAACGAAUUACAAAGUGAUUAUCUUUAAAAAUAAGCGUUUCUUUCAAAUCAGGUGAUGUGAUGUACUGUAGCUAAUCUACUUGUCUAAACUUUAUUUCAGGUAAAUGCCGAAAAAUUUCUCUGAGGAGUGGUAUACGUGUGUCUCCCUCUCAUUGCCUCUCGUCUGAUCAAAGGUAUGGUUCAACUUGCACUUUUUCUUGUAACCGAGGAUUCCGACUUAAGGGGCCCUCCUCAGUGCAAUGUGGAAAAGGUGGAGUCUGGAGCCAAAGAGGAAACUCUGCAUCGUACUGUAAUGGUGAGUUAUUCCUGAGUAAUAACGUGUGGUAUAUUUAACAAUUAAUCAAUGAGGCUGAGUAUCUUAUGAAGAAUUAUGGAGAUCGAGGAGGGUGUUAUCCGUCGAGGCCGUAGGCCGAGGCGGAUAACACCCUCCUCGAUCUCCAUAAUUCUUCAUAUGAUACGAAAGCCGAAUUCAAUAAUUGUUUUAUUAUUCAGUCAAAAUAAUCCCUAGUUUAAAAACAUGGCUAAAACAUGCUUACCUCCAUCGAUCCAUCGAUGUUAAGUUCAUCUUCUAUAGUGCACGUUUAGGUUUGUCCAGCUCCGCAAUAAUUCUCCAAAAAGCAGAUGUCGCCCUUCGAGUUGUCUUCUUGCUGUUCUUGCCAUGUUUUUAGUUAAUUUUUCACCUAGUUCUUACUCUUGAAACGAGUGAAAUGUCCGCCAUUUUUCAAGUUCACAACCAAAACAACUCAACCUCGUCCCCAGGUCUUCUCGGUUAACGGUGCCUUAACCAGCACGAACGCUGCAUUUUUGACGUCAUUUCCUCGUUAAACACAAAUUUGGUCAUCAGAAACUGGUUAUGGUGAAUUAUGCGUGUGCUUUUAGCCAAUCAGAAUCGGGGAAAUAUUUUGAAUGAAUAAUAAGAAUGGUUAAUGUUCCCAUUUCAAUAUAUUUAUAGUAUUCAGUGGAAAUUAAUAUUUACACGAAGAACCGUACAGACACGAUCAUUUCCCAAAGAAAACAAAACUUUGCAAACAGAACCGUUUUUAUCUUAAGUACGUACAAACACCAUGUUGGCUAUAAAAGAAGAUCAUCAGCAAUGCCAAAUUUCAACGAGCUGGCUGGCCCCCGGUUUGGCGGUUUGCCGAGACGAAUUUUAUCUCGAUAUUACAUAAAGUGAUCCCACCGGGAGCAGCCAUGUGUAAAGAGAGAUGUAAAGCAGUGCGCAUACUGAAGCAGUAUGUUUUCCGCUGUCCCGAUGUUUGGUUUGGACAGGGCCAACCCGACGCAGGUGAUUAAUACACCGGACAACUUCCAGCCCCGUUACCUGGGACCCCGGCAUCGUAAUAUCGGGAUCCCACCUAACCAGGAAUUAGCUCAGGAUGGCUCGGUUAAUAUGUAAACACGAAGUUGAUUUUUAUUACGUUUAAUUAACGAGCUGCUUCGGAGAAAAUCAAGCCUUGAAAACAUGGCCUGCCCGGCUCGUGCAAUCAGGCCCUAAAGAUACAAAAGACCACACCAAAUGCUCCUUCUCUUGUAUGACCAACGGGUAACUAACAUCGUACAAUAUCAAUAGGACAUGUAUAAGACUUAAUUUUGUGCUUAGCGGCUCACACUGUCUCAUAUCUUGUCACGAGAUUAUGUAAUAUUGUAACUCAAUAUUGUAACAGUUAGUGUUGAAGUAUUUGGUUUGGUCUGUUCUAUUUUUAAUAUUUUGCUGACGUCUUGGAUAUUUUGUCAUUUUGACCUCUGAUAUCGUUUGUCUCCGCUAUCAUGUGUCCAGCUCUUACUGUCAGCAAACUUUUGAAAGCUUCACCAUCCAGCUGUGGCAAAUCCCAGAUGAAAAUUGACACCAGCUGCUCGUUUACACGCUCACAGGAAUACUAACUGAAUGGUCCUUCUUUUAAGCAGUGCAGAGUAGAUGGUCAGUGGUCCGACAGGGCUAAGAAGGUUUCAUGCACUAGCGAGUCUUGAAAUUUUAGGUUUUUUUUGUUAAUCUUGUCUUUCAUAUAAUAAUCAACGUCUGAUUUUCGCAGAUAUUGACGAGUGUUCUUUACCGAAAAAGGGCGGCUGCAGUCACAAGUGUGUUAAUACCAUGGGAAGCUACAAAUGCCAAUGUCCAGAUCCGGAAUUGAGCUUGUCACCAGAUAACAAGACAUGCCAUGGUAAAGUGAAAAUUUUAAAUAGGUAUUUAUGAUUUCGUAGUCAAAAAAGAGUUUUUCUAAACAAUUUUCAUUACAGUAACACUCCAGCGUAGCAAAACUGAGUUGACCUUACCCAUUAAAGAAGUGUGGCUGAAAAAAAACAACGGCUCUUUGCUAACUUAAAAGUAUGAGCAAUUCUCAUUAUAUAUUUUUUUAUAAUAAAUAGAUUUAUAUUAAUAGUUUUUUUAGGCUUUCAAGUAAUUUCUCCUUCAUCGCCAGUUUAACUCAGUCUAUGCUGUUACUUUGUUUUCUACAUUUAUCUCAUGCAAACAUUGUCACACGAGAAAAAAAGAAUUCUUUUAUUUUUUUGUCAUGUCUUUAAUUCAUUUGUAUCUAUAUUCAUUCAGCUCCAGGUGUUGUAGUUCAGUGCAACAGCAAGAAUAUGACCGUUAUUAUCCCCAAGUCUCUUCUCCGUGGUAUUGACCGUGAACAUCUUCGACUCCUGGACACCACGUGCAAAGCUACAGAAACAAGCGCAUACUUCUCAAUCACAACACCGCUGACGGGAUGCAAUUCAACACGCAGGCACACUGCUUCAACUUUUGUCUAUUCCAAUACAGUACUGGAAAUUCCAGUAGCAGCCAAAGAUGUUAUAACACGUGUGCGAGAGUUAGAAAUCCAGUUCAGUUGCUUUUACUCUAAAUAUGGAGUAGUUUCCUCAGUUGGCUGGAAGCCAAACAACAGGAAACUUGUGUUUAGUGAUGAAGGCAAAGGAAACUUUACACUGUCGUUGAACAUGUUUCCUGACAAACGAUUUGUGAGUCCUUACAUGAAGGUUGAUUUCCCUGUUGCUGUGAUCCUUCGCAAACGUCUUUUCUUUGAGGUUUCUGUAAUAUCAAGUGACAAGCAGCUGUCAAUCAUUGCCGAUCAAUGUUUUGCCACACCAACUCAGAAUGAGAGGAAUUCUUUGAAAUACAUCUUUAUUACCAAAGGGUUUGUAAAAUUAAUGCGUAGUGCAAUUAGUCAACCCUUGCUUUUCAACUCAAGUUUACUUAGUCUCCGGUUAUAAUUGUUAAGUUGUCUUUUCACCCAGUGUUUUUCGAGUUCACUAAUGGGUACAUAUUCAUAUCGUUUCCGUCUGUGGGAGACCGUUAAAAGUAAAGUUGAAUAAAUAAAAAUGACCCUUCGUUUCAUCCACUUCUACAAUUUUUGUCUUUAAGCCUUUUUUUUAAAUGCAAUUUUGAGGUUUUGGUGGAGAAAUGUCAUCCUUUUUUUGGUUUUGUUUUUGCUUUCUAAGAGGUUAACGUUGUUAUGAGGUGGAUGGUAAUAAUCAGGAGCCUAUGUCACAUGUUUAAUCUUUCAACUGAAAAUAUUUUUUGAAAAAUAUUUCCACAUUUCUAAAACAAUAUCUAUCUGGUAUUGAUACUAGGUGCCCUAGUGACUUGACUGUUAAGUACCACGGUGCGCCUACUGUCAGUGCACAUCGGUUCAGUCUGGAAGCCUUCAAAUUCAUUGCUGAUCAUCCAUUUGUGUUUGUUCACUGCCACGUGAUCGUAUGCAACGCAACCGACCCAACUUCCAAGUGUGGUAAGAAAUGUUCACCCAGUGGCCGUGGAAGACGUGAAGUGAGCAGUCACAUGACUGAUGACGUGUACAUGUUGGCGCAGGGCCCAAUCCACCUAGGCCACCAGAAAAGAGACGCAAAUGAAGUUGGUAUGGGCCAGAGUGGCGAGACACUAGGUACAAGCUUUAAAAGGCCGAUGGGCCGGACGAAUUAA